AAUAUUUUGAUAGUUUGUUAUGGGUGUGUGAUGAAUAAUUAUUGCUUGAGUGAGUGUGGCUACACUGAUACAUCGCGAUGUGGAUAUAAUUGUAAUUUUUUUUUUUGUUGGUACUUCUACAAGAAUAGUCGAUCGUAUUUGUACUUACACCGUUACAUGGUAUUAUCCGAGAGUACCUAACAAUUUUUCAUUUUUCCAUUCGUUUGUUGUGGGGUAGCAUGAUUAGUCUCCAUACUUGACCUAACACAUGCUUGAGGGUAUGCAACCCGUGAUACUGAUUGCAAAAUUGAAGGGCUAAAAAGAUGACUAUUUUCAAAAGGGUGGAAUACCAAACACCUACAUUGCAGCCAAAUACAAAUCCCCUGGCACUCAAAAUUUGAACUUAGUCUUCUUCUUCUAACUGUCGUUUCCUACUAUUAUUUUAACUCACGAAUCUACCUCUUACUCUGUUCCUUUGCCUUUGGAUCGGCCCAAAUUUAGGCUUAAAUAAUUGUCCCAACGGUCCAAAAGUUUCACAUGCAGCCAUUUACACAUUUCGAAAGAAAGAAGAAAACCACAACUAAUGUGUCUGACUAAUGUGUCUGUUCUGACACAACCCCAUUGUCCGUCCACUGAUAUUUUGACAAAAGAUUCCUCAAAACCUUACAUAUGGCACUGAAAUUGUGGCCAAAGGUAGGAAAUUUUCACAAUGGGGAAUUGCUCUUCUCUCAAAGGAACCUCUGGGGAGUGUCCUAAAUCUAUCAGGGUUCUUACAGAUUCUGGGGUAGUCCUACAAUUCAAGGGCCCUAAACUAGCUUCUGAAAUCCUCACUGAUUUUCCAGGGCAUGGCAUUUUCCAACAGGGCAAGGCCUCAUUGCCAUUGCCUGAGCAGGAGCUUCUAGUGAGUGGCCAAUACUUCCUUCUUCCACUGAGGGAAGAAGAUCAGCUGGUUUGCGAGAAUGGGGUCAUUGAGAAACUGGAGGCGGCUGCUGCUGAAGCUGAGCCUGUGAAGAAGUCAUUUGGUGCAGGAUCAGAUUUUGUUGAGAAUUUGGCAAAUGGGUCAUCUGCUCUUGAAGUGCUGCCAUCUGGGGGAGAUGGGGUUUGGAGAGUGAAGCUGGUUAUUGACACUAAGCAAUUGGAGGAGAUUUUGUCUGAACAAGGCAUCACAGAGGCUCUGAUUGAGACAAUGAGGAUGGCUGCAACUGCAACUGCAGGCAUGCCAAGCACUCCAAGGCAGACAAAGAGAGGGGCUUGGACUUGGAAGCCUAUUUUCUCCAACUUGUUUAAGUUGCCCGCUGAUCAUGGGAUAUAAGCCUAUCUUGUCCAUCUUUGAAGGGUUUUUUUUUUUUGAACUUCUUUUUUUCCUAAAUUAAAAAAAAAAAGAAAAAAAGGGGUUACUAUUUACUAGGUGGUUUGUGGUGACAUGAAACAUCAUGUUUCUCUCUCUCUGUCCCAAUGUUUGAGGUUUUAGUUAGAUUAUGUAGUGAACUAUGUUUUAGUAUUUUGUACAUAUGAUGAAGGCAAGGGAUUUAUGAAAAAAUCAAUGAGUAUUUUGUGUU